AUGCCUCGGCCGUCGGCAGCGGCCAUCGCGUGGAACUGGGUCAUCGAGGAACUGGCUGAUUGCAAGGAGUUCGACACCUCUAUCCUCGCAGGUAGGGCAAAAUGAAGAGUGGACACAAUGGAAGGAAGAGCUAGGGAUGGAAGAAAACUAGAAGACUUCUCGUCAUCUGAUCUUCCCGGAUUACUUAUCGUAUUUUCAUUGCCAAAAAGGAAAAAAAAGCCUAUUUCGUGGAGUUAUUCGGCCACUGGUUUGAGGUGGGCGCCUCUGAGUUGGUUGUUAUCUUCUUGGUCUAUUUGCAGCUAUUGUGAGAUGGGACCGGAGCAUCAUUGCCGAUCCUUUUUACGGAGACAGCGCGAGGAGGCGCCUUGCCCUUAGAUACUUGGAGGAGUUGGUGGAUGCGACCGAGAUCCCCUCUUCGGAGCCACCGACCAGGCCUGAUUUUGAUCCCUUAGGCCAAGAGAUCGGCGAUGCCCCCACGACUGGUAGCAUCCUCUGCGACCAAUCUCAAAAGGCAUCGUUCUUGACUUGUCUCCAGCUUAUUAAUUUUAUCAGACUUUUUCUGGCCAGUGGUACUGGCCAAGUAGGAUGAAAAGUGAUGUAGUGAAAUGAUGAUCUUCUUGCUCUUUUAAUGUCGAGUUGCUGGGGUAUAUUUACAUGUCGAAAAUGAUAAACGUAUAGUCAUGAAAGAACAUUGUUGAAAUAGGAUGAAAAUUGAUUUUUGCUUCUUUCCCAGGCAUUUUUUAAACACAACAAAUAAUCAAACAACAACUUUUCAUUAAAAAGAUAUCAAAAUAAAUAGCUAGGUGGAUAUCUAACUGAGAUGGCAAAAUAAAUCAGAAAUGUAGUAAUAUGUGAAAAAACUCAGACUAAGGAAAAAUAAACAGACAGAAAAGAACUGUUUUUAACGAAAAGUAAUGCUUUUCAAACCUUUUGAGUUGGAUAGAUGUUGGAGUAGAUCGGGUAACUUACCAAACUAGCUUGACGGCAAUAUCCACCAUAUGAUGCCGUUUUGUGCAGUGAUAUAUUCAGACCUGAAAAAUUUACCAUGUAUCAGUAUACUAAUAAGAGUAUCGACGUAUUUGUUAUGGGUUAUGAUGUGUUGACUAUAAGAUAGACUCUGUAACAGGGGAAUGGUGCUAAGAGCCGCUGUUCUCGUACUAACCUGAUUAAUAAUAUCUAUUGACAGUUAAAUCAUGUUCAAACACUAUUGGUACCUGACGAUAUGUUUUAUUUUUUUCAAAUCUGUUCCUCAUGAUGGGCUUAUCUUGGGGGUUUGUUUUGACAUGAAUUGCUAUUUAUUUAAAUUUAUUUUUCUUAUUUUUAAUUGCAUUUUGCAUAUGAUUACAGCCAAUUUACAUUUACCUAGAAUGAGCUGCGUAGUAAAUGUUUCACACAGAUUUUGGGUUUGUCUCUCCCUGUAGCUCUGAAUCUCACACUUUCCGUUACCAAUUGUUGGUCAAAGGAAACUAAUAUCCGAUGCCCAAACUGCACAAGUCUAAAUUUUGUUUAGUGUUAGGUUUUUAUCGUGGGUGUAACACUUAUUAUUGCUAUUAAUAUUGGGUUUUUUAUUACUUUAACGGAAUUUAGAUUCAUUCCAUAUAUAUUAUCAUAUCUCGAAAAUUGGUCAGAUAGCAUGGGGUCAACAUGCUGCAUAUUGUACGAGUCGGUUCUUCAUAUUUCUGGAUUGCUGGUAAUCCAGGGUUUGUGGCCAAAAAAAUGUUAAUUUGAAAGUAGUUCGGGCUUUCAUAAUUUGUUUCCUUAAGAGCACUGCUUUAUUUCUCCGUUCUGGACAGAGCUGAUUUAAAAUAGAUGCUUAUCAACACAUGAUGGCUGAAUAACUAAAAUCACCGAUACCUCCAUUUCAGGUCCCAUCUGCCAUUUUGUAAGUUUAGGGUUACAUCUUUCACUACAAAGAUAACUCAAUUAUCAGUCAUUGUUUGCUAUGGCAGCUGCAAGGAUUGAAUAGCAUCGGCGGUUUUGCGGAUAAAUCUAGCAGGAGUGUUCUUCUCCAAGUGAUUCAACAUACGAGAGAUGCAUUACCUAAAUCUUCCCUUGACCUGGUGCGUGAGAGUGUUCAUCUGUUAAUCCCGUUAACUUGCUGGCGUUACUCUUGUUGACCUCUACAUGUUGAUUCCCGGUGUAUAGUUGAAGCACACGAUUCUUCAAGAACUGCUAAGAGGUGGGCAAGUGAAUCAUCUGCACCUUGAUGCUGCGAAUGACCAUGAAAUUCCUUCAAAGAGACUUAAGUUGAACACCGAUGCGGUCCAACGGGUGAGAUCUUCACCAGCUACAUCUAGCAAAACUGAUCGUAACUUUUUUCCAGAGGGACUUGCUUCUAGGCAUGAGCAGCAACUUUCCAAGGAGAAGGUUCAAGUUGAUACGGGUGAUGUUACUUCUUGCUCCAAAAAACGAGAUUUUUUCGGUGGGUCUCUUGUCGACAAGUCUGCGAAGCCAAGAAGUGAGUCCCAAAUAAAGACGGGAAACAACAUAGAAAAACCAAACGUCUCAAUUGACAGAGAACAGACUAUUAUAUCAGAGUCCUCAAGUGACGGUGAAGGUUCUUAUGAUGCAGCUCCUGAUUUACGUCCAAAUGAUCAGCUCUUUUUAGCAGAAAAGCUUAAGUUUCUGAGCUCCAAGAAUCCAGUCAACGAUGACUCCCAGGCAGGUGAGUGGACACAACAGAGGUCAUGCAUAAAAUGUGACGAAGGUGGUCGGGUAUUGAAUUGUACGGGAAGCAGCUGUCCUAUAGCUGUUCAUGUAAGCUGUCUGGGAUCUGAUACUAGUUUUGAGAACCCAGAAGAUUUCAAGUGCCCUUUCUGUUCAUAUUUACUAGCUGCUUCUGCCUAUUAUGAGGCUAGAAAAAAGGUCUCUAUCUCUAGAAAAGCUCUGUCUGCAUUUAUGGGUUGGGGGCGAGCGAGAAGGAAAAAGGCACAGCCUUCCAAAUUGAUGACAGAAUCCACAUGCGCAAGAAAUCUUCAGAAUGAAAACUACCGCGCUGAGGGGUCUGAGCUAGAGAGAAUCAACCAAGCAAAGACGACUGCUGUAGAUGCUGACAAUAACAAUUUGGAUGUGGGAGAGGAGGAUCCUCGGACUGAUGGGGGUAAUGUUGCUGCUCCUGACAGUGAGACGGACAUCUGUAGCAACCCUUUGGCUUGUGAAGUACAGGUUCAGGAGCAAGCUGAUGCUGGUUCUUUAAGUGAUGCCCAUGCAAGGAAUGGAGGGUCUGGACAUAAUGAGGAAACCCAUGCACGAAGUCAUUGCCAUGCCAUAGGGACGGCUACAAACCGCCAUCCUACAGAUGCUGCUCCCUCCAAAAUCAUGGAGUCAGACAAAAGUUCCCCUUCCCCUGAGGCAAGAGACAGUGGACCGUCAUACAGACUCCGUAGCCGUGGGCAUGCACAAGAAUUGGAGAAUCGACAACGUGUGGAUAGCGGUACUGAGGGAUGUGAAGCAGUAGAGAGGCAGGAUCCCGGAAUUGGGCAUCAAGAUUCUGAAAUCAAUGUCGAGGAACUUCCUUCUUCAAGCAAAGACAGAAAGCAUAAAAAACCAGCCAGACGUCAUAAGCGCUAGUAAGAGUUCUAUGCUUUAAAUGGUUUUGUUAUUAUCUCGUGUCCAUGAUUUAACAAAAAGUAUGCCGUUAAUGAUAAAUAUAAUGCAAUGGGUUAUGUCGACAAGAUUUUUGUUCACUAUAUAAUGAAAGAUGAACACGCGGUUGCUCAAAUGAUUCUUUAACUAUGAGUGAUGAACUUAGAUUUAGAAAACAGUACACUUAUCUUGAAAUUUGCAUAAGUAACUAGCAGACUGGGUUCCGCCUUUGCAGUAUCUUAUAACUUCAUGAACAAUGAAAGUAGUUUGAUGUCGUACCUUUGGAUCAACAGGCUCAACCUCCCCUAAGUGGAUAUAUUUGUUUUUGAAGUACCUAACUUAUGAAUGGCAUCAAAUGAUAAUUUAGGGAAAAUAGUUGAGUAUGGAAUCCGCUUUCUACCUUUAAGGGAGCUCUUUCUUUAAGGGGAAAAAACCUUUUUCAAGGGAAGGUUGGCCAACAGACCGGAGCAGGGGAACUCGAGUAGGUGGCUGUGGACGCCAAUCACUUUGGUGGUAGCGCUAAAAUUUCUGCCGAUGCUCCUGAAAGAAUUGGUGGUGCUGAAAGUUUAAGGGUUCUCUCUACGAACCAGCUAAUCAGGCAUAAACAAUUGUACCGCAGGAUUCAACUGUUCACAGUUUAAUCCGUAGUGUUUACACAGUCGGGUCUUCUUUUAUUUGACAGGAACUUUUGAUUAUCCAGUGAUGAUUCAAAGUAUUAAAUAUGGUAUACUGGAGACAUUAUGAUACCACUUGGACCAGGCUCUUCAUCCGAUUAUCAGUUUUGAUUCUAUUUGUGUCCCACUACCUUUGCUGGACUAGUGGAUAUGCAUGAUUCUGUAUUUGUAUUAUAUCACUGCUGGCUGACUAAGCUUGAACACCCGGGCAGGUGCAUCAAUUCAAAGAUCUCAAUUAUUUUACUGUAACUGUGUUUUUUGGCCCAAUUGAUCUGCUAAAUGUUUUUGGCCCAUCCAAGCUUCAGAUUUUUGCGUUUGCUGUAACUGGGAUGUCUCUAUCGAUCAUGUUAUAUAUCUAUAUAUAUAUAUAUAUAUAUAUAUAUAUAUAUAUAGUCAGAUGUACUCGAGCUCCAACCUGAUGUACUGAUGCCUUAAUCCUCCUCCAGCGCAAACCCAUUGUUCCCCUAUAGUAGGCGCAGCAGGCUUCCAUGGACUGACGAGGAAGAAGCGAUUCUGAAGGUGCGAGUUGUGAAAUCCUGUACAGAACCUUAAUUUCUUUUUUGAGCACCUAUUAUAUUCCUUUUUUUUCUCCCCCCUUUUUCUUGGAGAAGUGCGGGUGCUGGUUUUUCUUUAUUAAAAAAAUAAUUAUUUGCCUAUUUUAGACGAGAGAUAAAAAAAGAUAUAUUCUGUCCAUUUUGGGAAAUUUCCUGUUAUUUCUAGUCUCUUUUAUUCUGAAUGAAUAUUCUGGCACAUGCAGGAAGCAAUGCAGAAAUGUCACCAAAGUGGUGAGAUAAGCAUUUCGUGGGUGAAUAUCUUGGAAUAUGGCAGGCAUGUGUUCCAUCGAACUCGUCAGCCGGUGGAUUUAAAAGACAAAUGGCGGAAUAUUAAGAUCAGAGAUGGCUGA